AUGAUCUCUCCUCUUAAGGAUAUUUUGGUAGCGGCACAACCAAGAAAAUAUAAUGGGCCACGCGGAGAGCCCAGAAACACACCAAAAGGGCCACGAAGGAUUGAGCAACGAAUUUCCAAAGCCCUUGGAGUUAGGAAGAAGAUCCAGCAGAGCCCAUUUUGGGGCAGUCGUAUACAUAAACAUGCGUCCUUAGCUCGUGAAGACCCCCCUCAGGGAUGCGGAGCUUGGAACGGUGUUUUCCGUCCACCUUCUUUGAUGACGUACCCAGGCGAUGGGCAAAGAUCGAGGAAAUUUAAUGAACCGGCUGUUAAAGGAAAACUACCAGCGGCCGCUUAA